CUUUGGGGUAGCUCUCCACAUUAACCUAAGGAGCAAUAUGUGUCAUACCACUGGCACUGUCAAUGCCACCAUUAGACCUUUCUGAUUCUGAAGAGGGAAAUUAACAAAAUGAAGAAGUGAAAGGUGUGGUGCUUGGUUCAUAUUAUUGAAGCCCACUAAAACACUUAAUGGAUACUGUCAUAUCUCUGUCAUAGAUGACAGUUGAGGGGAAGGUGAUUGUCAGUGUCAUUGUUGACAGCUUUGUGGAACAUUUGACAAUUAUAAUUUGUAAUGGGAGACAAAUGGAGAUGUGGUACAGGUAACACAGGUUUGGGAGUUGUCUAUUUGCCUAACAAACAUCAACGGAUGAUGGAUUUGAUAAAGUCCUUUUUCCUAUGCAUGCAAAAGGUCAUACUGAGUGUGACGUAUUGGCCUCUUACCCCUUCAGCGUAGACUGCUGGACACUGGAGUCCUGAGAACACUUUAACCCAGCCAACAAUAAUAUACUACAUUUAGGCUGCCAUUUAGUGUUUAGGCUCCUUUCCUACACAUGGGCAAUGCUAGUUUGUUUAAAGGUGGUGUUGAAAUGUGUAAAUACCUUGCCCUCUAAUUACUUCAAUAACCCCUAUUUGCUAAUAUAAUGAGAUCCAGAAUGUGGAACACUUGAGUGAUGGAUGUGACUUUACAAGAACAGGCCCAUAGGGCCUUCUGUAGUUCAAAAUACAUUAGUAAACAACAGAUUCACAGUGAAUCCUAAAACCAGUACUUUUGGCUCCCAUGCUGAUGGUUGGGGUGGGGGAUAUGCGACGUGAGUAAUGAUCAUGGGGUCUGGGAUUAUCUGAUGUAUGUGUUCACCAUUCACAUACUCCUGAACACCCCCAAGUCUGUGCAUAGAUUAAAGGCAGGGGCCCCAGCACUUCCUGGUGUAUGGGUGUUGGAGAAGAGGGGAGUUUGAAUUCAACAGGACCCCCAUUGCUUAGUGUUUGAGUAGAGUUUUGGCAUUCUCUCUUUUGUCUGUUUUGUUUUGUCCCCCCUCUCCCUCUCCCUCCUCUGUGUCUGUUGGCUGAUGAGUUUGUCUCUUUGUCUGGAUUCAGUCAGACACUGCGUCACCUCCUGCCUACAGACAGACAGACUCAGAGAUAACAUCAGGGUGGCAGAGACUGGGGGAGGUUUGGAGGGAGGGAGAGAGGGAGGGAGAAGAGACAGAUGUACAGACAGAGCCUGGCAAUGGGGGAUGGGUAGCUCUCACACAUCAAUCAUUGGCUGUGUGCCGAUGGAGCCAGUCUGUUGUAGCAGUUCAUAGUUCAACACUCAGACCCACUCUACCAAUGCUAAUGAGUGCCUGGAUCACUAUGGGAAAUGCUCCCAAACUAUGUUCACAGACUAGCCUACACCCCGCUAAAAAGUUAAUGCAGGAAUGACCUCCGUAGAAAGAUUAGAGGAGAGUAAAAAAAAAAAUGCUCCUUGAAGAUUAUUCCUCCCCCUCUCAGACACAGACCCGCUCCACACAGUGGUGGGUUUCUCCAGGAUUAUAACACAGGCUGUAAUUACCUCUGUCAGCCUCAGGUAACUGGAGUAAAGAUUUUCCUUCCAUCACACUGAAUGGAAAGAGAGAGGCGGGUACGCGGCGUUCAGAAGCAAGGGGUGAUAAGUGGACAGUAUGGUGACCUCCGAUAGAAUGAAACAAGAAACUUUGUUGUCAUGAUGGAAAUACGAGGUCCCGUUAUACUGUUUGGAUGGUGUCGGGAGGGAAAGUGCUCUUUAAUGAGUGUAAGGUCACAAAAAAUGGCUAAAGUCCUUUGCUCCCAUCCCAAUUUCAUCAAGUGUGGGUGGAAUAAGAUGGGGACUGGCAAAUGGGAUUCAACGGAGAGGCUGUAAGUUGCUGAACGCUGUGUGAGGGUUUGAGGCGGACCCAUAUGGGCUCCCUUGGUAUGAGGCAUUAGCCUCCCCCUCAGAGCGGCUGGUAUGGAUAUAGAAACAGAGGACAGAGGGUGAGCCAGGCUGUGCGGUGUGUGGGUGGUACUGAGAGGGAGAAACACUGACUUGCAGGCAGGCAGCUAGUGGAAAGGAGUACUGGCCCCUGGGACUGCAGCAUGCCUGGGGCCUUUCCACAGCACCGGCCUCUCAGGCCCCCUCCACACUAUUAACAUGGAUGGCAGAGAUGACUUCAUUGAGCACAGCGAAUGCCACAGCAACAAUUCCCAGCAGGACAGCAUUUCAGAAGACAGUGAUAGUGACCUGGACAACCACGACUCGUCCUCCAACACCUCCGUUGACGACCAUAUGACCUCCACCAAAAGAACACACCGCAGGGGAGUAAAGGAAGAGAGUGAGGAGGGGGCCAACCUGAUGAGCAGCUAUGUGUGUCCUCUGUGCACCCUGGAGUUCAGCAGCCCUGAGCAGCUUAUCACACACGUCUACCAGCACACGUCUCUGAUGGGCAGUAGUAAGAGCUAUGUGUGCCCAGUGUGUGGCCGUGCUCUCAGCUCGCCAGGCUCCCUGGGGCGUCACCUUCUCAUCCACUCUGAGGACCGUCUCUCCAACUGUGCCGUGUGUGGGACACGCUUCACGGACACAAACAACUUCAACAGGGAGAAGCUCCGCGAGGUCCUGAACACCAGCAGCAACAUGGAGUGCAGCAGUGGAGAUGAGAACUGCUCCAUGUCCCAGUCGGUCUCUGGCAGCCCCAUGGGAAACCCUGGUAAUGGUGCCGGACACAUCCACGGACCUGGCCACAACCAAGCCCAAGGACAUGGCCCGGUGCAGAACCACGGCCCACACCAUGGCCCGGGGCACAACCCUGGAAACAGCCACGGUUCGGGACAUAAUCCCGGCCAAGUCCCGGUACACAACCCAGGACACAACACUGGCCAAGUUCCUGGACACAACCCGAACCUAGGCCAAGGACACGGUCCGGGUCACAACCCUGGCCAGGUUCCGGGACACAACCCGGGUCACAACCCUGGCCAAGGGCAUGGACACAACCCGGGACACCCACUGCCCUCACUGCACCACAGCCUCCUGUCCUCGCCCCCCUCCUUCCCUGACGCCCUCAGCCCCUCAUCAGGCUUGCCCCUGCUGCCUGACCUCCUGAACCCUAUGCCUGUGCACCCGGCUGGGGUGCUGCUGGUGUGUAACAGCUGUGUGGCCUACCAGCAGCUGGUGGACGCCCAGUCUCCCAUGAGGAAGUGGGCCAUGCGCCGGAAGAACGAGCCGGUGGAGGCCCGUAUGCACCGCCUGGAGCGUGAGCGCACCGCCAAGAAGAGCAAGCGAGAGCACGAGUCGCCCGAGGAGCGAGAGCUGCGUCGGCUGCGGGACCGCGAGGCCAAGCGGAUGCAGAGGCUGCAGGAGACCGAGGAGCAGCGGGCAAGGAGGCUGCAGAGGGACCGGGAGGCCAUGCGCAUGAAGAGGGCCAACGAGACGCCGGACAAGAGGCAGGCCCGACUGAUCCGUGAGAGGGAGGCCAAGAGGCUGAAACGGAGGCUAGAGAAGAUCGACCCCUCCCUCAGGGGUCAGAUCGAGCACGACCCGGCUGCCAUGGCCGCUCUUACAGCAGACAUGAGCCUGUUCCAGUUCCCCUGCCCCAUGCCUGUCCCUUCUCUGGACAAUGGCCUCUUCAUGAAGCUGCCCUAGCAGGACCGGGCCGCCACGGACCACUUUCCGGACUACUAAGAGUUAACACUGACCUCUCCAAUACACCUUUGGACUUAAGAAGUCACAAAUUGAACCAUUCCAUGCUGGUUGAAAUCCCAGCGGAAAUACCCAAACUCCUGUGUCAACAAACGUUAAUUUAUUACAAACUAGCAGGAUGAUUUAACAGGGUAAAUAAUGUUUCAAUUCACAGUAAAUAUCGUUAAAGCAUGUUGUAAAGAAAAUUUUUACUGUUCUGUUUUGGGGGCGAUGUUAGACCGCCCCUUGUGAUGGGAGAAGUUCCACUUCCAUAGAGGAGGAUUAUCUUUUGCACAUGGACCUCCAGCGAUGGGAGUGGGUAAUGUAGCCCACAGCUCUCUCCCUCCCCCCUGGUCCUCUCUGCCAGCCCCAUGGCUGGGGUAGCCUCACCUCUCUGUCUAACGCUGCCAACAUGGGUUUCUGCUCUGGUUAGCUCAUAUCCACACAAUCAACUACCUCACCAAGGGCAAAAGCCAAACCCUAUCAGUCCUGUGGUCUGCGUUCUGACAGCUUCCAAAGCUCCUUGUGUACUUGUGUACACACACACACACACACACACACACACACACACUACAGAAGAUAAUGCCGGAUAUGUCUUUGGUUUGUCUGAGUGUUUAUUUUUGGACCCAAUUACGUCUCAAGCACCAGGGCUGAACAUUCAUAUAACAGGACUGAACAUUCAGAACAGUCAGAUAUGUAUGGUAUAAAACAGGAAACGAUAGAAAACGGGCCUGUUCUAUACAUCACAAUUUUAUCUGAUCAUCUCUGCAUAUGAAAUGAGCGACAAAACCCCUUUCAACUCAGUAUACACUGCCACACUGCGGGUUUGCCUUUAUCAGUCAUAUUGACCAUUCCCAAUCAGUGUGUUUUUAAAAUACUUUCUCUACACUCCGUGUUAGUCAUCUCUAUGACAUGUGAACUGACAAUUUAAAUUUACUAGAAUUGUUCUAAUUGCCCAAAACCGUCGUAUACAGAAUGACUUCCUUGCUCAACCAACUUAUUAUAUGUAGGUCAAUGUGUCAGGGUAUAUUGGAAAUAUCUGUAUUUUUCACAUUUGUUUACAUUCUGCCGCUCCAAAUGAACAUAAGCAUGGUCAGAAGUCCUUAUUGCCCAGUUGACCCCGGACCAGUGGGGAGAGAACUAAUCUUACUAUUUGCUUCAUAGACCUCAUUCCAAUACAUAUUUAUGCAAAGUGAAUAUACAGUAUAUUUUGUGAUUAUUAUUUUAUUUUUUCUGGGGGAGGGGGGGGUUGUUUGUUUCUAUAUAUUAGAUGAAAUGUACACAUUUUGCCAUAUUUGGUUCUAUACUGUAUGUGUUAUUUUCUUUCUCUUUGGUAAUUUGUUCUCAGUUUCUUGCCUCAGAGGUUACCUCCGAUACAACACACUUCACCACUGAGUUCUGCAGAUCCAAAUUGACAGUGUUCCAGGUUUCUGAGUGGUGUACUACGUACCUCGCUAGAUCCACCCAGCGUUUAUUUAUUAACAUGCUUCUAUUAGCUCUGCAUUCCAGCUCAGGCUUAAUGUGUAUUUUGAAGUUCGAUGUGUUUUUUCUGUCGCUAGCUAGUAAGCGCAGGGCUAGUUAAACAGUAAGCUCUUCAUUGAGACAAUGCUGGACCAUAUGACAGUGCCACAUUUCCAUUUGUGGUGAAAUUCAAAGGUUAUCUUGCAAAUUCAGCAGGCUGAAAUGGGCAAUGCUGUCAGCCUUCAUCGUUCGUUUGUCAUCUGGGAUAUGUAUCAACUCACAGAGCCCUUUCCUGCAAUCCUAUUGCAAAUGUAUUUGUUAUACACUUAUUAUUUUUUUUACCGUUUGUUAAUUUUCCCAUGCAUUCUGUCAUUACUAAAUGUGUAAUGUGGUUGGUAUUUUUAAACAUUUUAACACUAUUUAAAUAAUACAGGAUUGGAUCAGUCGUCUUCCUCAAAUGAAGGGCAUGAGGCAUUAUUUGUGGGGGAGGCAUUUGAUUGUAUGCUGCAUAUAAAACCAUGUGGAACUGGGAAAAGAACAAGGUGCAAUCAUGAUUCUGUCAUUUUACAGGUCAAAGUCAAAGCCAGAAUUUCCUACUUGGAAUCCCAACUAUGGCGACUGUCUAAAACAGAUUUGAUGCAGUAGAAAUUGAGCCACAUUUGUAUGACAUUCAUCCCAAAUUUCAACUUAGAGUUGACAGAAGUGACCUCGCUAACUCCUUAAACCGGGUAUGUAGUACACCUCUCUGCAGUGUUCUUCAAGAAAGCAACAGAAGCUCAAAGUUUGAGCCACUCGCAGGCUAAAGACCACCAGGAAAUAGUGCCCCCUCAACAGGGGUCAAAACAGUUCCAUUCUAGGUGUCCACAGAUGUUAGUCUAGGAGUGGUUCAAACCUCUAUGCAAGUGUUAUUUGCUCCAAGGAAAUUUGAUAUGUUCUUUUAAAACUAUGCAGAGUGCAGGGAAAAAAAUGGACUCCAAUAUAUAGAACUGUGCAACUCAGGCAAUGUAACUCAGUGAGGGCCGUUUGGCCAUGGCUGCCAUGCCCUGGUCCUUGAACUUUAUUUCAGCAGGUUUAUGUCACUAAUCAUUUAAGAGAUACAGAGAGCAGAACAAUGCUGAAGAAUGGCUGGGAUUCAUUUCCACCCACCAUAGUGAUGUUGACACCGUGACGUUCUUUGCAUUCAUUCAUCCCAUGCCUACACACUUGUGGGGACUCCCAGAAGCAGCCGGUUUGGUGCGAUCAAGGGGGAGACCACACACUCAUCUGAUUCGGGAAAAGGAAAGCAUAGCUGUGACGGAGGUCACCCUGGAAGUAGUUGGGGGUCUUUAAACAGUACUCAAGAUCAAUCUGUGAGUUAAGCUGAUCUUUGGAAUAAGAGCUACUGUAUAAGUACUGCAAUGCAAGUUUAAUUUAAUUGAGCCCAAAGUUGCCAUAUAAAUGAUUAUUCUUUGAUAAAUAAUCAAAGUAUUGACAUCCCUGCCAAGUACGGAACGUAUAGAGAACUUUCAAUAAUGAAUACUGGGUAUUCUGACUGAUCUUAAACUGGCUGCUGAUCUGUGUCCUUCUUCAGAAACAGUAGAUGAAUACUAUGUGGAAUAUGCUCUUGAAUAUUAAAAUACUACAAAGGACAUGGUA